UCCAUGUGGCGCGAAUACUCCGAAGAAUACGUGGCACGAAAUUUACGCCAUUUAGACACUUUAAGUGUUCAAAGUGUUACAUUUGAUCGAUCUCUAACACCAGGAUGAUCACCUUAGAGUGCUUGAUUGUUUAUAUUCUUUUACUUGGCCUAGUCUUCGCCACAGUGCUUAGUAUUAUACUAUACAUAACAACACAGCCUUAUCCAAAAGUAUGGAGACACGAGGAUGAAAAAUAUUUCUAUAAUGCCUUAAUGGACAAGAAAGAACCAUUUCCAUCUCUCUAUGACGAUUGGAGCAUUAACUUAAGUGUGGUUGUUCCUGCCUACAAUGAAGAAGAGAGAUUACCCCCGAUGCUUGAUGAAUGCUUAGAAUACUUGGAACAUUGUCGAAAAUCAGGCUUCACAUAUGAAAUCAUUGUUGUCAGUGAUGGCAGUAGUGACAAUACUGUGAAAGUUGCAGAAAGCUAUGCAAUGAAAUAUAACACUGUUAGAGUGCUGGCUCUAGUAAAAAAUCGCGGGAAAGGUGGGGCUGUGAGAUUGGGUGUGGAAAGUUCACGAGGUAGUGCAAUUUUGUUUGCUGAUGCCGAUGGUGCCACAAAAUUCAAUGAUUUAGAAAAGUUGGACGAUAGCAUGACAGAUAUUUUAGGAUUCAAUUAUAUAAAUGAACCAGAAAAAACAGCUACUGCACAAGCUGUUGUAUGUGGUUCUCGUGCUCACCUAGAGAAAGAAGAAACUGCUAAACGAUCUUUUUUUCGUUUAUUUUUGAUGCAUGGCUUCCAUUUUUUGGUUUGGUUUCUGUGCGUGAGGGGAAUUCGAGAUACUCAGUGCGGAUUUAAAUUAAUGACCCGUAACUCUGCGAGAAUCCUCUUUCGGUCACUUCACGUGGAGAAGUGGGCAUUCGACGUAGAGAUGCUUUAUAUAGCACAAACGUUAAACAUUCCAAUAACGGAAAUAGCUGUGAACUGGAUGGAAAUUGAAGGAUCCAAAAUCGUACCGUUUUGGAGCUGGUUACAAAUGGGUCGUGAUCUAGUGCUUAUAUGGCUACGCUAUAGAAUAGGCGCGUGGAGAAUACAAAAAAUAAAAGAUCACUAAUGUCGUUUUUUUUCUGGCGAUAUAUAGACAUACAAAUCUGUUGCGUGAACUUAGUUUUUUCUGGUAAAGUCGUAUGCUGUAAGUAUACGUCACACAUUACUUGAGAAUGUAAUAUAUUUUUCCUUAUAAAAGUUCAAUAAUAAAAUUGAAUCCUUUUUAA